AUGCAGCUGCUAGAGCAAGCCAAGUUCGCGAUCAAACUACCGACGCGGAAUAUGGAGUACCAGGUGGUAACGAGUCCAGACCUGGGUGAUCGCCGCCGGUUUCACGGGGACCUUUCGCUGCAGGGGUCAUCAGCACAACCACCACGGAGGUCGGUGACACACGCGGGCGUUUCUCGUUCCUCCAUGACGCUGCCGCCCACUCCACCAUCAGUGCACUCGCUGCCGGGGCGGGCAUUUUACCCAUUCUCCAUCGUGGUUCCCCCGACGCAACCCAUGCCCAGCCGAUCACCUGUUCGUGACGUGUGUCGCUCGAAGGUGCAGAAAGCCAACGUGGGCUCCAAACGCCAGGGUGAGGAAUGA